AUGUUCUCAAAGACCUGGCCAUUCAUCUGUCGGCCAUCGGUUUCUUUUCAAGUUCUCUCAGACCCCCAUCUUGAGAUUAAACAGCAAUAUCAAUCUUAUGAAAUCCCUCUCUGCGCGGACUACCUCAUUCUUGCAGAUAAAUAUCGCGGUUUCUUACAAAAGCAGACGCAGCAGUUCAAACUGGUAUUUCUGAUACUUGGGAAUAAUGAAUUUUAUAAUGGAACAUUUGCAUUCGGACUCGAAAAAGCUAGACAGCUUGAACAAGAAUCUUCUUUCAAUGGACGACUCAUCAUCCUUGAUCGAGGACGGUAUGAUAUUCCAGGAUCUUGUGUCACUAUCCUAGGCUGCACACUAUGGUCUAAGAUUCCUCACGAAUCAAGAGACAUCGUUCAAUCAAAGAUCAAAGACUUUCAAAAAAUCAAAGACUGGAGAGUCGACAAUCAUAAUACUUGUCAUGUUUCAGACCUUGUCUGGUUACUAAAAGAAAUCCAUUCAAUACAACAAGUUAAUGAAAAUGUUGAAAAAAGGAGCCAAAAACAAUCUAUACUGGUGGUGACGCACCAUGCACCUUCUCUGGAAAGAACAUCUAGUCCGCAACACUCACAGAAUCCGUGGAAGUCCGCCUUUGGAACUGAUGUCCUCUCGCACUCGUUAAAUGGGGUCAAGGUCUGGGUAUUUGGAGACACACAAUACACAACAGAUUUCAGAGAAGGAGGGGUACGGGUUGUUGAUUCCGCGGCUACAAAGGAUGGAUUUGAUAUCAGGAAAGUUAUUCAUGUGUAA